AUGCCUGGGAUAUUCUCGUGGAAGAAUCGAAUUCUUGGCAGAAAGACCCCGGAGCCGGAAAGAGCCGUGCAGGUUACGGUGCUAAGGGAUCCCGUCGACCGCGAACUACAUAACCACACCCCGAGACGGAGUGUGAGAUUCAACGAGUCUCGCAACGAAUUCAGUCAAUACAACGUGCCCGAUUGGCAGAACGACUAUGGAGAAGCCAGAGUGAUUGGAUCUGUUAGUCCGGCCAAUGUCUCCGGUGAGUUUGAGACUCCAACGCUAGUUGCUGUGACUGUCAGCGACGUAAUCCCCUUUCAUUGUUAUAAUCCUCUCGGAAUCCCGCAGUUGGCAAGGCUUGAUUUUGCUUGGUGCUCGGUUGUAAAUAGUGUGCUUAAAUAA